AUGCCACAUUUUGAAGAAACAAACACCGACAAAGAACCACCGAAACUCGAGACCCAGCUAGGCACGGAUACGACGCUCAUAACGACCAAAGCUGCUCCGACUCUGGAUGUCGCUCGUGUCGAUACCUUGCUCGUCUUUUGGCCUGACAAGCUUGUCCACUUGUCCCACUUCGCCUCCGCUCGAGGCAAACAUCUUGCGACUGGACGCGAGACUUGCCCAACCCUGCUUGUAGGCAGAGUGGUACGUGGCCAUGCCCGGGAAGCUGCCGUAGUUGUUGUCGGCGCUCUGCCAGCCUCCAACGUCGAUACCGAUGUUGUCGCGAACGCGAUCGCAUCGAAACAUCUUUUGAUCGUUGGAUCUCUCUUGACCAGGAACGAUGCAGACAUCAAGAUCGACAUUGGUCCUUUCGCUAGCCAUACGAGCACUUCAAUUUGGCUGUCCAUCUCGGAAUCUCCUACACAUGCCGAGCUGCCCAUAGUUACUUCCGUCCGCUUCGAGACAUCGGAGAUCACCAACGGACAUGCCGGCGUCGAUGGCGGACAUUCGCCUAAUGCUUCGUGUGCAGUCAGCCUGGUGGGCUACGGCGUUCCCAACUCGCGAAUGCUGCAGUAUUUUGCGCUCGAAUCGCUCCGUCUUGCACCCGUUUCUGGCAUGAAGCUCGUCUCUACAGCGACUGCGCUGCUUGUGCCCGAUGCACAGUUGUCCGCUGGUACGUCUCCGACCGCCGCUUCUGCGCCGUCGACGCUAGAAACCAAGUUUUUGCAGCUUCUCCAUUUGGAUCCGGUUCAUUGGCGGUCCUUUCGCAGCGUGCGACCAAACGCAGGUCAAUUGCCUCGAGGCACUGCUUUGCGCAAAGCUAUCGAUGUGAUCAACCAGCUCCAGGCACUGCACGAGCAUCUCGCCACAUACCCCACAUCAUCGAGCGGUCAAAGCACUGAAAACGGGAGGACUGGCAUCGCAGUAUGUGACGCUGAGGCUCACGAGCGUUCGUCGUUCCUCUCGCGCAUUGGCAAUGUGGCGACUAAGAUCGCUCUCGCUAUACAGGGCGCACUUCGACAUCCGUUAUUCACUGCCAAAGAGCACGCCGUUGCGGUCGAUGGAGUCGCCAGACGACCGAUCGGCCAAAAUGACAUGUCCUUGCGAUUGACAAGCAUGUCGACGAGCGCUCGACAACUCGAUGUGCGCGUCUCGCAGCUCCUGGUCGCUCCUCGGCUGGCGUCGCGAUUGCGAUACUUGCGCAAGCAACAGAAGCUGCCCAUCGACUCGAUCGCUGCGCCUUACAUUGGACUGUGGAAUGCGAUCUGGCUGAUUGCCAACGACAUCAUCUUGGGCCACGCAGCCAGUGUGCUGCUGCUUCAAAACAAGACUUUGCUUGCUGAACUGGCGCGCACCCUGUCGGAGCGCUAUCUGCUCGAGUCGGUGUUGUGGCUGCUGUCGUGGCUCGGGAACUGGCCUGCGGGUCUCAAGCUCAAUACGGAGCUCUCGCUGUUUUUCAGCGAUGCCUACUCUUCGCUCACGGUGGCUUGGCAUGCACAAGGUCUGGCUCACAUCCUUCCUCGACUGGAAAGCGUCAUCGUCGUCGUAGCGUUUGCAGGUCGAUUGAUGGGGGUGACCAUGAUGCUUUGCAUGGUGCAAGACUUGAUAUCGAUAUGCACGCUGCAUAUCACUGUGUUUUACUCUCUGUCUUUCCGGACGCUGCGUGCGUUCGUGUACGUGCUAUCGUCGUUGUUCGAUGUGUUUCGAGGCAAGAAGCGCAAUGCACUGCGAGGUGGGCGGUUGGACGAUGCGAGCUACGAGCUAGACCAGCUGCUGCUGGGGACGCUACUGUUCACGCUGGUUGCAUUCCUAUUUCCUACAGUCUAUGUCUACUACCUGGCAUUUGGGCUGGCGCGAUUCGGACUUGUGGCGUUUGAAGCAGGCGUGGUGGAGACCUGCUUAGGACUGCUCAACCACUUGCCACUGUUUGCGCUCCUUCUGCGCGUCAAGGAUGCCCAUCGAUUGCCCGCAGGCGUGUAUCUCCAGGGCACGCGCGGUUCAUCAGACGUUGGUGCGCCUGCACUACGAGUGGGCAGCUUCCGAUUGCGCUCUCGACCUCUGGCAGUUGGUGACAUCUUUGAGGGGUAUGGCCGGCACGUCGGUGGUCUCGUUGAAGUUCCCAAUAUGCUGCUGCGAUGUAUUCUUGGUCGUUCGCUGCGGCCCCCACCGUCUUCCCGAUAG